AUGGUCUCUUCUGCAGUAUUUGAUAUCAGAAACCAGCUGGACUCGCUGGAUGUUGGACACCACUGGUGCUAUCAGUCACAGAAGGAUGAACAGCCCACCUGUAAAGAUCCUCGACAAUGGCAUGUAGUAGAUGUCACCUGCAAAGGAAACUAUCAGUCUCCUAUCAAUAUUGUCACCAAAGAUGUCAUUUAUGACAAGAGCCUGACGCCACUGAAUUUUGAAGGUUAUGAUGUGAAGGGGUCUUCAAAAUGGAACAUCGAGAAUAAUGGACAUACAGUUAAAAUAACAUUGGGCACAUCCCCUAAAAUUGGAGGUGGAGGUCUGAGAAGAAAAUACAAAGCAAUAGAAUUUCACUUCCACUGGGGAGUCCAAGACACGCUGCAUUACCUUCCCGGGUCAGAGCACAGCAUAGAUGGAGAAAAACAAGCUAUGGAGCUUCAUAUUGUCCACAUAAGAGAAGAUGCUUUGGAUAUAGAGGAUGCAAAGAAAAUUUCAGACGGUAUAGCCGUGUUAGCAUUCUUUAUAAAGGUUGAUGAAGAAAAUAAAAACUACGCAACUCUAAUAAAUGAAUUAGAUAAUGUUCAAUACAAAGGGAAAACAUCACAGAUGGACCCUUUGCCACUGAGUUCCCUGAUUCCACCUGAAGAUGAGCUUGGAAGGUACUAUCGGUAUGAGGGCUCCCUCACCACUCCCGACUGCCAUGAGGGUGUCAUCUGGACAGUGUUUGAGAAGCCAGUUGAACUCAGUAUUUUCCAGGUUUCUCAGUUCUCAACAGUUCACUUUGAUGGGAAGAACUCAACAUACAUGGCUGAAAAUUUUCGGCCUGCUCAGUUUCUUAAUGAACGAUCCGUGUAUUGGUCCAGUGCCAGCACCCUCCUGCCUCCUGCUAAGGUUUUAAUGUUGGUCCUGAUCCUUACGUACAUCCUGAGCUCUCUUUUCCAGUGA